GGUAGAGUGCAGAAGGUUGGAACAAUGCCAGAUUCACCUGCGGAUGUGAAAACCCAGCCCAGGUCCACCCCACCCACCAUGCCUCCUCCACCCCCGGCUGUCAGCCAAGUAACCAAUCGCAACGCUUCAUUUACCCCAACCACCAGUAAAUCAAUGCUGAAUGGGAGCAGCCACUCUCCUACAUCACUGAACGGUGCUCCAUCCACUCCUAACGGCUUCAGUAACGGGCCGGCCAUGUCCUCAACAGCCUCACUUUCAAACCAGCAGCUCCCGCCAGCCUGUGGUGCCCGGCAACUCUGCAAGCUGAAGCGCUUCCUGACCACACUGCAGCAGUUUGGCAACGACAUAUCACCUGAGAUAGGAGAGAGAGUGCGUAGCCUUGUGUUGGGGCUGGUGAACUCCACUCUCACCAUUGAAGAAUUUCACUCCAAACUUCACGAAGCCACCAACUUCCCACUGAGGCCUUUCGUCAUUCCCUUCCUGAAGGCAAACCUGCCCCUGCUGCAGAGAGAGUUGCUCCACUGUGCCAGGUUGGCCAAGCAGACUCCAGCUCAGUAUCUGGCCCAACACGAGCAGCUUCUCCUGGAUGCCAACGCCAGCUCGCCCCUCGAUUCCUCCGAGAUCAUGAUGGAGAUGAAUGAGCACGGCAAGAGAAGAACCCCUGACAGGACCAAAGACAGCUCAGAGAGAGAUGGAUUGCACCCGGAGCACCUGGCCAAAAGGCCCUGUACCAUCAGCCCCAGCCAACGCUUCAGCCCGAGCACGGUUCUUCCUGCUCACCCGCCUCCCAAUGGCCUCCCUACACACCCUCCCAAUGGCCUGUCCCACCCACCCAACCCCCAAAUGGGUCCCCAGCACUACCGCUUAGAGGACAUGGCCCUGGCACACCAAUACAGAGACGCUUACAGACAUAAUGAACACCGUGAUGCCAGAGACAGGCACCGGCAGACAGCAGUGCAUGGAGCUCGCCAAGAGGAGGUCAUUGACCACCGUCUAACAGAUCGAGAGUGGGCAGAGGAAUGGAAGCACCUUGAUAAUCUCCUGAACUGUAUCAUGGACAUGGUGGAGAAGACACGCCGCUCUCUGACGGUACUGCGGCGCUGCCAGGAGGCAGACCGAGAGGAGAUGAAUCACUGGAUUCGACGCUACAGCGACGUAGAGGAGAUGAAAAAAGGUGGGAGCAACGGACAGCACUGCCUUCCUCCUCCUCCUCCUCAUCACAACUCCUCCUCCAACACAGCUAGCAGCAGCGAGGCACUGCCCAUAGGAACUUCCUCGGCUGCUGAAAGGCAGACAGGCAGACAGACAGAGAUCCACCGAGACUUUUUACACAGGCCUCCCUCAGGAUAUCUGCCAGAAGAAAUCUGGAGGAAAGCUGGUACUACAAGCAUCCCGCUCUCCCCGGCACUAAAGCACCUCCAAAACAAGCAGGAGGAAGCAGUGAAUGAGGUGAAGCGACAGGCAAUGUCAGAGCUGCAGAAGGCGGUGUCGGAUGCUGAGAGGAAGGCUCAUGAGAUGAUUUCAGCAGAACGCUCUAAAAUGGAGAGGGCGCUGGCCGAGGCCAAGAGGCAAGCCUCUGAGGAUGCACUAACAGUCAUCAACCAGCAGGAGGAUUCCAGUGAAAGCUGCUGGAACUGCGGGAGAAAGGCCAGCGAGACCUGCAGCGGCUGCAACACAGCCCGCUACUGCGGCUCCUUCUGCCAACACAAAGACUGGGAGAAGCACCACCACGUCUGUGGUCAAGGCCUGCAGGGGCUACCAGGGGGGAGCAGUGUCCCUCUAGGCACCCCCUCUUCCUCCACAGCAUCCUCCAGUGCACCCCCCACCCACUCGGAGAGCACCCCUCCAGGACCACUGUCCCUAGCGGGCCAGAGCAGUAUUGCGGGAGGGGCUGGUAGUGGCAGUGGAAGUGUUUCUGCCAGCCCCAAAGAGAGCAGUUCCAGCAGUGCCUCUCGCUCCACAACUCCAGCUACCCCCGCCCUACUAGACGCCACCUCUCGCUGACGUCUAACCCUUGACCCUUUUCAUGCAUACUAAUGCGACAGUGCCCACACUCCACACAAAACCAAACUGAGGAAUCUUCAUCGCACACAUUUCCUUUCCUCUUCCCAUUAUGUCAGUCCUUGUUUCCCUCUUAUCUUAAGCUCUUCUGAAAAAUCUUCUCACUACCUGAUGAUAGACUGGUUUGCUCAACUUUCCCCAAAAAUACUUUUUCUGUCUUUCUCUCUUUCACAACUGCAAAGAUUCCAGCCAGGAUUCAGUGUAAUGUAAUACAUGAAAACUGCAGUGUGUCACAUCUCUGUGUUCAGUAACAGAAACAUAUCAGAUGUGUUUGCUGAGAACAUGAGCUUUGACUUGAAGAUGUGCCCUCAGUCAUGUAAGCAUGGUAAAUUAUGUCCGCAUAAGGACGAAGAUAAGGGCUGUGGUAAACAUCAUCGAUGGGGGGAUGACUAGACCGAUUAGCACUUGGAUAGGAUUUCCCUUUAAUUUAGCACCAAUGAAAGAACAGUACCCAGCCCUGAUAUGUGCACUACUAGUCCAAACAGUUCACUGAUGUGGCACUUUUUCUACAGUGUCCUAAUGGAGACAGGAAAAGGACAAAUUAUCUUUUUUUUUAAUGGAUGAGGGAAGGGGGAAAACCUGU